CCGAGGUCGAACUGAGCAAUGAGCUGAUCGGUCUCUGACCUCACUCAGUUCGCACCCGGAGUCACGAGAAGCCGCCAAGCGCAGGAGGAAAAGAGUGGGGCCAGCUUGCUACAACCUUUGCUGCUGAUUCCGCAUCCACCUCGUUACCAGUCCUCCUCCGAACCACCUGUAGUCGACCACAACGAAUACGGAAACCAUGUUCGCCCAACGCCAGAUGUUCUUCGCGCGCCUCGCCGCCAACCUUCGCGCCCCCGCGGUCCGCCAGACCGUCCAGCGCCGCUUCGCCAGCACCCCUGCCAACGAGUCCGGCAAGAACGCCUUCGUCCGCGAGCGUGAGGCCGUCAAGCAGCACGCCGCUGAGACCACCGAGCUCUGGCGCAAGAUCUCUCUCUACGGCAUUCCCCCUGCCCUCGCCCUCGCCGGAUACAACGCCUACACCCUCUACAACGAGCACUGGGAGCACUGGUCCCACCUCCCUCCCCUUGAGGAGCGCACCGAGUACCCCUACCAGAACAUCCGCACCCGCAACUACCCCUGGGGCGAUGGUGACAAGACUCUCUUCUGGAACGAGUCUGUCAACUACCACAACCGCGACAAGGUCACGUAAGUGGCUUGUUGAUGCGAGCUUCACAAGCACCAUCUGUGCUCUUGCUUGCUAGACUGGCAUCAUCCCUGGAUCAUUGGAAAGCAAAGAGAAUUGGGACAGCUAGCGUGUAGUGAGAGCAGGUGGCAUGGGACUGUGAAUGAAGUGUGGAAAAGAAAGAACAGGACGAGUGCUAGAGGCACCACCACGUCUACUGAUCCGCAAUCAUCAUAUCAAUUUAUUUGUAUUCUGAUAUCAGCCUUUGUAAAGGCUCGCAUUGACAUCCAUAUGAUCUUAUUCUUGAUGGAAGCCCAUGUGCAGGACGAAAACAGUGUUCUACUGCUAUUGCUGGGGAUCUCCAUGAGACAAAGUGCAGUGAGCCUUCAUAGCUUCCUUCCAUUUCUACCAGGGGUAUAAAGACACAAAACAAGGGGCACACAUCCGCGCCAUGUUCGAUGAAAUCAAACAUCAACCUCUAUGGCCAGCGACAAUAUUCUCCAUUCCUCAUCAAGUCAUUACAACCGAACUGCUCCAUAAAAACGUCCGACCGGAGCUUUACUGAGCCCCACCCAAACCAUAUUAUGGCGUACCU